UUGUCAUGCUCAACCUCAAGUACGGUUGUUUUGCCUUUUUUUCUCAGUCGAAAAUUCGUAAUGGUUUUUUUAUGAGGAUCUACUAGUUUUAAGUUAAAAGCAAUACAAAACAUCAAUAAUAGUAGAACAUAUAGUGUUGUAGUAGUGUAAAAGUGUUAUAAAGGUGUUAUUGUUGAGUGCAUUCUAUAAAAAUCUUUUAUAUGAGUACUGCGUAUCAUGUAACUCUUUGAUCUUGUGGUUUAUUUUGUGGCUGCUGCAUCUAUUUCCGACCAAGCAUUCUCCCAUAACGAUACGAUGAAAUAAUUAAGCAAGAUGAGUUGGCUUCGGACAACAUCACUCACACUUGCACGCCAGUUGUCACGUUCUCUAGACCCCCGUCACGACUAUGAGCCUCAAGCGUGCUAUAGUUCAUUUUGCAAACACUGGCAACAGGCGCAUGAUAUUAUCAUAAAAUCACAGCCUCAACAUUUACACGAUGAUGUCCUUGGUGUUGUGAAUCAUCUCGAACAGUUGACCACGCUCUUGGUGUUGGAAGCAAGAGCGCGGGAGAUCAACCGUAUGUCGAGUCCAGCAUCAUGCCUUGAAUAUUUGCUCAGUGAAAACUUACUGGACAAACUGUAUGAAUGGGCAAUAUGUACUGGCAAAUACGAAAAUGCAGUGCGACUGGAACAGUUAAAAUUAUUUGGUAACCUUGUCGGCCAUUAUGGUUCGCAGGUAAUAGCAGCUGAACCAUUUCUUCGACCGUUGUUAAAACUUCUCAGUGGAUUUAGAAACCAGUUGCCACCACCUAAUCUGGAAAGUCAAUUAGUGGCUGUACUAAACCAACUAUGUGUGGUGCUAAUGCAGAAUAUGAAAUUCAUAGAUCUCUUCUUUCUAAUGACGCACACAAAAAACGGUUCUCAAGCAGAAUUUAUCAUUGGUCGUCUUCUGCUGUCAUCUGUGCAUAUAGAAGGUUCAGCUGGGUCGGUGGCGCGUGAUGCGUUUCUGCUCUGUGCUAAGAUGUCCGCAAAAUGUCCACCCCUAGCACAUUGCUUGCUUGCGGGUAACGCAUGUCCAAUACUGGCCACAGGUCUGAGCGGGCUGUACUCUCUGCUGCCGCGCUCGCUGGGCGUGGCGCGCCUCACUCCGGACGACGUGAACCGCGUGCACAAACUGACUCUCUUCAUCGACUCGCUUGAGUUCUGCAAUGCAGUCGCUCAGGUGGCUCACCCGUCUAUCAAGAAACAUCUACUGGAUCUACUCUACCAGGGGUUUCUGGUACCGGUGAUGGGCCCAGCACUGUUGCAGAAGAGAGCGGGGCCCUUACAGAGCGGUGUGGGCGAGCAGGCGACGGCCAUGUCCUACCUCGAGCUGUUACUGCGCUGCGUCACUUCCGGUGGACUGUUGCGAGUGAUACUACACUUCCUGUUCGCUUAUGAGUACGAUGGUGUCAAAGUUAUUGAUGUGCUACUCGGGAGAUUGGAAGGAAAUGAUCAAUUAUCCUUAGUAACGUUAUCCCUUAUCGAAACCCUCAUCGACCUUAACUGCGAAGACGUUAUGAUAGAACUAGUCUACAAAUACAUCCUGAAUGGCAACCAUUUGAUGGCGAUGUACAGACAGAAGUUGUCUAACUCCGAACCCUACAGAGAUUCAGCUGUGGCCUUCAUAGGACUACGUCCUAGGUGCUGUACGAGACCCGUAGAGAAGACCAGGGAGUGGGUGGAUGAAUUGGCUCUGACUGGAAGAAGGGUGUUGGAUUUUAAGAGAGAUGAUGAUAAUAGAAGAAUGAAUGGAGUCCAAGGUGAUAUCGCCAUGAACAAUCUAGUCCACGAAGUUAAUUUUGAUUAUGGGCCCGGAUGUGAUACUUUUAUUCCGAAGAACCCAAACGAAACACUCUAUAACAACUAUCAUGCAUAUCUUUGUGACGCGCGUUUCGAAAUCGUAUCGCGUUCGAUAGCGUGCGCGAACUGGAGCUACAAAUACGACGCAAUCCCACCAAAACGUGAAACAAACAACAACUCAACUAAAGAAACGAAAGAGAUAGAUGCUCAAACCGCCUUGCGAGAUCAGGACAGCCUCGUCUCAUUAUGCACGAGCGGUUACAAUACUCUCAAAAAUAGCGAUACUUCCGACAAGGAACCGCAUAGCUUGAACUCAUUGAAUGAAGUCGCUGAAAAUAGUAAAGUUGUAGAACAGCAAUGUAGCGAAACAAAAGAUGCAGAUAGUUUAACUUCCUUCGGUGAAAGUAGUGGGUAUGAUAGUUUUAUGUACAGAAUUGAUGAAAACGAGGACGAAGGUUUUGCAGAGGAUUCGUUCAGAAAGAGUUUUGUUAAGAGUACAGUUACGAGGGAAUACGACGAUAUGUCGUCUGUGAGGAAUUGGCGUGCGAGUGCUGAUUCAAUUAUCGGCCCCCUUCUGCAUAGUCUUCUAAAAAAAGCCGCCAACUUCCUCGAAACCGAAGUAGCAGUCACUUGUCGGGUAUCCAGCAUACUGAGUAAACUUGCCUCUUUGCCGACACCGUUGUUGACGGCGUUAUUGUUGUGUCCUGGCUUCAUGUUACAGCCGAAUGUGCCUUCAUUAUUUCAGAUUCUCAGUAGGUUAAAGGAAGAAAUCGACGAAUUGACGAACGGGUUGGACAACACGAGCGAGUUGGUCGACAAGGCAAGAGUUUUCCUCAUACAACGGGAAAUGACCUUGGUCAAAUCGCGGGCGCAGACAAACGACGAUAGUCAACCGCGACCGAACUCACCCGCACUGAGAGGGGACGAUUCCCCCUUCAGACGAGUGGAGGCCAAGCGUCGUAGUUUCUCGUCCAGUAUAUCGAAUAUGUUUAACAGGAAAACAUCAUUAUCACCGACACAAAACAACCCUCACAGCCUACAAAACUCAGUACACUCUUCCCCCGCACAAAGGCUCCCGAUCUUCACACAAGAAGCCUACUGGAACCAGUCCAUCACACUCCGUUCCGUCGUAAACGCAGUGAUAUUAGACGAGUGGCUCAAGGAACUGUCCGCGCUAUGUGAGGAACAAGCCUUACGAUUGUCAGCUGAUUGCUACGAAAACGACACCUAUAUACGAUCCGUGGCAUUAUGACUGUUAGCUUACGCCUCUGAAGGCAGAUUAAAAAAUAAUAAAGUCAUAACUGACACAUUCGUAUGAAAUGCCUUAAAACUUUUAAUGUAAAUAAGCAAUCAUAUUUUUGUAUAGUAUUUUUGUCUAUGGCCAAGGCGAAAUUUAGUACAAUUAUACGUUCGGUAAGUGUCAUUUACUCUAUUUCUUUGUUAGAUUACAGUGUAACACUGACUUUAAGCCUUUUUUAUAAUUAAGAAUAUACUCUACCUUGGCCUUAAAAAAUAACGUUCAAAUUUAAUUUUCUUAUAAAAAGAAUUCUUAUUUUAAAAUUAAUCUUAGACUAGAUGCCUUAGAUGUACCUAAAUAUCACAUACUUAAUUCUAAGUACCUAACUUUAUAUAAGUUUUAAGUGUAGUUGCAAUCGUAUUUUUAAUCAUCGAAUGCCAUGAUCGUAAUUUUGAACUGUGAUUUUAUAAUGUUCAAAAAUUAAAUUGGAAUAUAAUUUAUUUUAUACAAAUUAAAAAUAUUUUUUAAAUUAGUAUUUAAAGUAAGAUGCGUUGUUUGAAGUGUCACGCAAGGCUGUGGAGAGUACAUCAUUAACUCGAUACGCGUUUAAAAAAAAAAAAGCGAUCAAAUCAGAAAAUGUUGGAAUCUGAAUAAGUUUUAUAAUGUUGUUUUUUAUGCUUUAUAACUUUACAAAAAAAAAAUGUUUUUUUUUUUAACACUGAACUCGCAUUAAUUAUAAUUAUAUAUAAUUUCAUAGAUUUUAUUUCUGAAUUUAGGACAAUUUUAUUUUUUUCUAGAACAAUAACAUUGCUGUGUUAAUUUUAUUAGGAUUUUAAUUUUUAAUUUUCGACUUAAUAUGUAAUUAUUUUAUAAUUUAAUAUUGUUAUAUUCGUGCAACGAUUAUUACUUUUUAAUGUGUAUGAUUAAUGAUGUUUUAUUUUGUUUUGAAUUCGUAUUUUUAAUAACAAUUUAAGAAAAUGUGUCAUAACAUUUUUAUAGAAUUUUAAAAUUCACGAAUAUCAUGUUCUUCAUUAAUAGAAUUUAAUGCGCAAAUAUUUGAAUAAAUAUCUUUAUAGUUCGGAAACGUCCUUAUCCGUCCAUGGGAUGAAGCAAUUCGAUAUAAAUUAUUUUGCUACACAUAUCCAGUAUCAAUUACAAUAUUUAAAUUUCAAAGCUUUUUUAAUGGACAUAUUUUUAAUAUAACUAAAUUUUAUACAGGUACUUAUUUUAUAUAAGUAAUAUAUGUAGAAAUCAAAUCACGUGGUCAAUUAUAUUUCAAACAGUUUUGUAACAAAAAAAUAAAUAAAACAAAAAAAAGGAUAAUGUUUUUAACUAUCUUUAAUUUUGUUUUAAAAAAAAAACACUGAAAGGUUAUUACAGAAUUAUUUAUAUUUUACUUCAAAUUGUCUACCAUAUUGGGUAUUUUGCGAUUUUUUAAAAUAAUUCUCUAUUACCAUACAACACUAAAAUUUGUACAAAAUAUUUGAAUAUGAUGGGGAGAUUUUCAGGCGAACUGGCAACACACUCAGACUCACCAAUAUUCAUAAUUACAUUUAAAUGCGACAACUGGCUGAAAAAUUAAACAAAUCAACGUACUAAAUUUUUUUCGGUACUAUCUCAUUUAAAACUGGUCUAUAUCACUAAGUACAUAGUACGUUUUUCCAAUUUGAAGACCAUAUCAAUUUAGCUAGUGUAUUUGACAAUAAGGACAGGACAGACAAGAAAAACACAGGUGCCAAUCCUGAUCCUCUUGGACAUAUAACGUUAAAAAACAAGGAAUAUUAAAAAAUAAAAAACUGAAAAUCUUUUACUAGAUAAUAGUAACAUUGUAAUUAUUCGAAAACAGUAACAGUACAGUAACAGCCUGUUAAUGUCCCACUGCUGGGCUAAGGCCUCCUCUCCCUUUUGAGGAGAAGGUUUGGAGCUUAUUCCACCACGCUGCUCCAAUGCGGGUUGGUAGAAUACACAUGUGGCAGAAUUUCAAUGAAAUUAGACACAUGCAGGUUUCCUCACGAUGUUUUCCUUCACCGUUAAGCACGAGAUGAAUUAUAAACACAAAUUAAGCACAUGAAAAUUCAGUGGUGCUUGCCCGGGUUUGAACCCACGAUCAUCGGUUAAGACCGAUGAUCGUGGGUUGACGUGGGUGAGACGGUUGUUUUCGACCAUGUCGAAAACAGUACAGACAGCAAAAUACCAUGUUGAGUUGAGAUGUUUUUAUAAGCAAUUUUAAAUAUGAUAUUAGAUGUUAUUUAUUUUAAUACGACCCAGUUAUUUAUUCAAAAUUCUCAUAAAAUAGUACGACUAGAUUUUGUAUAAAGAUCAACUGAAGUUGCCAUAGAUUCAGGUCAUAUUGUAGAUAUGUUGUUCAGCUUAUUCUACUUACAAUAGUAUAUGUGGACCAUUAGUGUCCGUAAUAUCAUUAACUUUAAGGUUUGUCUUAUGUUAUUUAUCGACGAUAACUCGAAAUGUUUUAGGAAUAUAAUAUAUAUCAUCAUCAUAAUGGAAUUCUCCAUUAUCCUCAAAAUCAUUCAUCAAUUAUGUUGUAAAUGAAAUGGGUUAUUUAAUAAUAAUACUACCUACGAUGUUUUCAUUAACAGAAUUUAAUUUAUUUAACUAAUUAUAUUCCAACGAAAAGUUAAAGCUGAAUGAAUCUGUAAAACCAUAAAAUGGUAAAUCUACAAUAUGUAUCAGAUCAUCUCUAUAAAUCAAUGUCACCUGUAAAUAUAGAGAUUUUUGUAAAUUUUAUUUGCACAAUUUUAGUUGUAAAAAUCUUCAAUAUACUUAAAUAAAGUUGUGAAUAGAUA